UCACAGGGAAAAAGUUUGCCGGACGAAAGAAUGCGUUUUGUGAAACCUUAUUGGUGUAAUUAUGAAACAUUUACAAAGGGGCGUUGGUUAGGACGAAAAUUAAAAGAUGUUUUUUUGCACGAAUUUCAUGGAUUUUCUGAAAAAUAUUUGAAAGCUGCUUGUAAAUUGAAUCGGAUUAUUGUUAAUCACAAACCAGUGCUUGACAUCGAUUAUAUCCUUCAAAAUGGUGAUCACAUCAUCCAUAGGGUGCAUCGUCAUGAGCAUCCAGUUCUACCGAAACCGAUUCAGAUUAUUGAGAAUUCCGAUGAUUUAUUGGUUAUUAAUAAACCAGCAAGUAUACCUGUUCAUCCUUGCGGUAAAUAUAAGUAUAACUCGAUAACAGAAAUGUUGAAAGAACUAGGCUUCAGCGAUCUAAGAGUGGUACAUAGACUGGACCGCACUACGUCUGGCUUGCUUAUAUUCGCCAAAAAUUAUGAAGUUGUUUGCGAGGAACCACUGGGCCCCUUGAUCUGUAAUCUGGGUAUCCACUGUGUUCGAAAAGAUGGAAAAGUAGCAAAAACUAGAUUUCGUAGAAUAUCAACAGAUGGAAAAACAUCCAUCGUCCGAUGUUUCCUGGAAACAGGACGCACCCAUCAAAUUAGGAUACAUUUGCAAUUCCUUGGCUUCCCUAUUUUUGAUGAUUAUAUUUAUAACAGCAAAGCUUGGGGCCCAUUCAAGGGCAAAGGAGGAGUCUUUGGAAAAUCCCUUAAUGAGCUUUCGAAAGAUGUCUCUGAGGAACAUCAAGCAUCAUUUUGGCAGGAACCUCCUAACCCACAAUAUGAAUCGAAAAUGGAUUCGGAUAUUGAUCCACUUUAUGAUCCAACGCACGAUUCAGAUAUUUAUCCACUUUAUGAUCCAUUGUGCUUGCACUGCAAUAUCAAAAGACGUCUAGAAUCACCAGGAUAUUUCAUGAUCCACCUUCACUGUUUCAAAUAUGAAACAUCUAAUUGGAGUUUUUCCUCAGAAUUACCAGAAUGGACGAAACAAUCGACGGAUUGUUCAGAAAAUACGGAAAAGAAAAAUCAAAUUCAAAUAAAUCGAAAAAGUUUGUAA